GUCAUUUAUUGACCAAUCACGAUACCGAUUGCCAAGUAGACAAACAGGAAGUCAGGCCGCUAGCUAAUGAUGGGACAACUUGUUCUUGAAAGUCAUCUCCAAUUUAGACGAUUAUUUCGUUGACAGUAGUUUGUAAGUGAAACAUACAAGAUGACAUAUGUAAAUAAAGUUGGAUACUUGCUACAUGCGAAGGCAGAUGGAGCUCUACUGUGUUGAUAUGGCGAUAAGGAAAUGACCUCCAGACAGUUGGACAAGCCCAGUAGUCAUGAACCCCAGUUCUCCCUGUGAGGGCCAGAGCCCUGAGGGUGACCCUCCAGACGAUUGGUUCCACCUUUCCACCAUGUCUCUGGGAACUCAGGGCUCUGAUGGAAGCCAGGAUGACCCAGAGGAACCUGAGGAGAGAGGCAGACUCAAGUCCAAGCUGGUGUCAGCAUGGAACAAUGUCAAAUAUGGCUGGUCGUUCAAGUCAAAGGCCCGCUUCAGCAAGACCUCUCCUCUGACCAUGCUUGGACAGUCUUAUCUGCUCAGUCAUGGAGUGGAGAGGGAGUGCUUUCGCCGGGCCUUUGCCACUCUGCUAUGGCUGACGUACAGGCGGGGCUUCCCACAGCUGAAUGGUUCCUCUCUGACCACAGACAGUGGGUGGGGCUGCAUGCUGCGCAGUGGACAGAUGCUCCUGGCACAGGGGCUACUGCUACACCUGCUGCCGCCAGGCUGGACCUGGCUCUCUGCCAACCAUGUGUCCAAAGAUGACAUGGAGGUACAGGAGUCUCGCUCCUUGGGUCCGGAGGUGACUAAGAAGGGAAGGAGGAAGAGCAUAGUGUCCUUCCUGGAGAGCCGGACGGAAGUUACUCACAGACGGGUGGUGUCCUGGUUUGGGGACCAUCCCUUCGCCCCGUUCGGGCUGCAUCAGCUGGUGGAACAGGGCACAAGCUCAGGGAAGAAGGCAGGGGACUGGUAUGGCCCCUCCAUCGUAGCACACAUACUUCGUAAGGCUGUUGACGCAGCAUCAGCAGAGGUGUCCAAUCUGACAGUGUAUGUAGCACAGGACUGCACUGUGUACAUAGAUGAUGUGGUGAGGCUGUGUGAGAGACCUCUAUCUGAGGGCUCCACAGGACCCAGUCCAACCUGGAAGUCUGUCAUCAUCCUGGUCCCUGUGCGCCUGGGAGGAGAAGUCCUCAACCCCACCUACAUCAAAUGUGUCAAAAAUCUCCUGAGGUUAGAAUGCUGCAUUGGAAUCAUUGGUGGCAAACCCAAGCACUCUCUGUUCUUCGUUGGGUACCAAGACGAACAGCUGUUGUGCUUGGACCCCCACUACAGCCAGUCCACAGUGGAUAUCACACAGGAUAACUUCCCCUUAGAGUCGUUUCACUGUAAGUGUCCCAGGAAGAUCUCCUUCAGUCGCAUGGAUCCCAGCUGCACUAUAGGCUUCUAUGCCAAGAGCCAGAAAGAAUUUGAGUUACUGUGCUCAGCUGUUAGCACGGCUCUCUCAUCAUCAACAGAAAAGUACCCCAUCUUCACCAUUGCAGAGGGUCAGGGACAGGAUGGGGGGCAGGAGGAUGAGAGCAAUGCACCCCCAAACUCUAUCACCCACAUCCUGACCAAGGACAAGGCGAGGCUGAGAAGGACCAAUAACAGCAACAGCAUGGAUGAGUUUGUGUUAUUGUGAUCUAACGUAGCAGGUAUAAAAGUUCUAAGCUAGGUUGAAUUAGCUGUAUCCCUGAAAACCGGAACAUCCGGUUGUUGGCAACUCCGCUAAGGGUGCUGUGGACAGACUGACUGAAUGUGGCCAGCAGGGAACAUAAUUCACAUACCAACUCAUACACACAGUUACUGAACUGAGCUUUAUCAGUGGCAGCUACUGACGGGGCACAUGCACCAGAAUUAGCCUUUAUCCCCAACCUCCACAGGCAAUAACCAGGCUGGGUGAGGUGUUGCUGAAUAGAACAGGCCAAUGACACUAUUCUUGUGUAUUUAUUUGUUUGGGCUAAUUAUUUGUUUUAAGGGGAUGUGUUUAUGAAUGUAACAAUGUUUUUAAAUGAAGGUUUUUGUAUAAUUGUUUUUAAUUUAAGGUUUUGUUAUCAGUAUGGUUUUGAGGUUCUUACCUUAAAUAACCUGCCUUCAACUUCAUUGUUUAUUAUUCUACAUGAAGUCAUGGGUGACUAUGCCUGGCGGAAAGACACUAACUGACCCCAUUUCAUCAUUGUGUAGAUAGGCUGCUCAUCCCAUAGUCCUCUCCACUACAACCUUUUGUUGAACUACUUUGUCCAGCAUUAGACUCUGAGCUGCUGUUUGACGUCAUGUGACAGGAUGUCUGCUCUGUGAAUGGAUUAGGAAAUUGGAUUCCUUAGACCUUGUGAUGUGCACAUGGAACCGGUGAAGGAAUCAAUUUGUCUUAGAGAUGUUGGUUUUGUGGUUGAGUGGGGAGAGUGUAAAAUAAUAAUUUUUAAAUUGCUAUCAGUCAAUUAAAAGGCACAUUCUGGGCAAUAUGGGGUUGCAUUUGCCCUGUUUUUGGAAUGAAUAUUUUUUUACAUGGAAAAUGAGUGGCACAAUGCAUUCAAUAAAAGCUCAGUAAAAAUAAAUAAAAUCACUCAACUUCAUCAGACUGAUUUUAGUUUAGGCCAUACAAAUUUGAAUGAUAUGUUUAAAGGAUACCCUACAGUGCUACUACAUUGCUUGUUAUUUUGGGUUUUAGGUAGGGUUUCUGUAUAGCACUUUGUGACCUGCUGAUGUAAAAAGGGCUUUAUAAAUACAUUUGUUUGAUAACUGAAGAGGGGUUUCUCCCCACCCAAAAAAUCCCAAGAUUUUACUGAAUCUUUACAAUUAUAGCUAAAAUCAUGUCUUUGAUCUUCUAGUAAAAAGAUCAGCCAUAAUCCGACAGGAAGUGGCGUAACUAUGCCUCUUUUAGCUUCCCCAAGAGGCUAACAUCUCUUGAUUAGGUCGCUAGGAGUUGAAUUAAGGUCAUUAUAGUAUUUUAACAAGAAGGUCCACAUUUAAAAAAAUAAAAAUACAUUUGGAAAGAGACCUAA